AUGGCUGCUAAAUUAUGUGAACCUGAAUGCUUAUCUGAGAUCAUCAGGAUAGGCUAUAGUGAGUCUUCAUUGGAACUUAAGAAAAUUCUAGAUGCUAAAGAUGAGAAUAGCAAUUCUAUAAGAGGCACUUUUGGUGGGACUAAAGAUAAUCCAAUGGUUGUUGGUGACUGUGAUAAUGAUGAUAAUGAUAAUGACAGUGAUAAUGAUGAUGAUGAAUAUGAAUGGAACAUGGAUGAUAUAAACAAUCAAUAUGACAGAUAUUGUUGGGAACAGGAGGAAGUGUUUUAUAAGAAAUAUUACAAAAAAAAAUUCUUAAGAGAGAUUGAUUUUCGUGACACAGAAGGACUGACUGCAUUUCAACAUUGUAUUCAGGCCACAAAAGUCCCUGUGGAAAAAAAAGUGGAGUGUUUAAGACUGCUAGCACAAUCUGGAGUUGAUCUAACAUUAAAAAGUGACUGUGAACAAAAUCCGAUAGAAAUGGCUUUGGAUUUGGGCUCAGAUGAGCGAGUCUUAGCUUGUUUAAUAGAUUUUGGAUGCAAAGUCAAUCUUGAUGAAUGUUUUUCCAAUGCAAAACUGCAACGAAAUAUUCCUUUGAUGAACUUCUUCAUUGAGCGUGGAGCAAAUGUUCAUUUUAUAAAUUAUUUAAAUCAAAAUUGCAUUCUUCAUUUUCUUUAUAAUGGCGAUGCAAGGAAAAACAUGAAGGAAUUUGAUGAAGUCUUACGUGUUCUCAUACAAAAAUAUAAAGUAGACAUCAAUUUUUGCAAUCAGCAUUCUUCGAUAUUUUCUGGAGCUUUCUAUCUUUUGACAAAGUGUAACUCAUUUCCCUUGCAAUUUCUGAUGUCUGAAAAUAUUGAUGUGAUAUCAAAUGCAAACAUUGAUAAAGAAAUGCCGAUCUUAGAUGAACGACAAAGACGCGAAGUUCGAAUGCCUGUUAAACAAUAUGUACAGUUAUUGUAUGACUAUAACAUGCCUUACGAUAUGUUGAUUAGAUUCAUUGGUACUGAACUUGACCGUGAUACGAAAAAAUGGCUGAAUGAGCUGUUUGAUUCACCAUCAUCCUUAUCAAAGAUCUGCAAAUUUUCUGUUAGAAAGUGUUUAGGAAAGGAUAUUAAAUGGAAAGUUGAACAGCUCCAAGUGCCUGAAGUUAUAAAGGAUAUUAUUUUGUUAAAAAAUCUACUAUCAUCUGAAUGUUUUAAUUGA